CAGUCGCAAAAAAGUGUCCGUCGCCAGAACGCUGAGAAAACAGCAAAAGUUGUUAAAUUGAGAUAAAUAAAUAGAUUCGAAAUAGACAUUACUAACAGAGAGAGAGAGAGAGCUGCAUAAAAUAAAAAAUAAAACAUGAAAAUCGAGAAAUAAUUAAACAUAAAGCAAAAGAUAGCUAAAAGGAUACCAAAGUCAAGGAAACGGCCAAAAGGAUAACAGGAAGCCCCUCUGAGAACGUGUGAUCCCCUCCAUCUGUCCUAGAGUCCAGUCAUCCCUAAGGAAAACUAUCCCGAAAUCCCCGAACAAGGACGGGAGAGAGUGUGACAAAGAGAGUGUGAGAGAGAGCGGGCGAGCGGGAGAGCAGGAUCCACACACACAACCAAAAACACAACAAACACACCAACACACACGCAACAAAGAUGUCAUGGAGAUAUGCGCUACUCACCGACAGAUACAGCAGCAGCAUCGGGGAUAGAUAUAGUCCGCACUAUUAUCAGUCACCCAGCCGCCUGGAGACCUCCGAACAGACCACUGGCCGCCAGCUGCAGCGAGUCCUUCACUAUUCGAUGGCCCCUAGCCGGGCGCUGCCAGGACUCAGGCGGGCCGAAUGCGCCAUCCAUGACGUUGACUGUGAUGAGGUCUAUCCGGGCAUCUACAUUGGCGAUGCGGCGGCGGCCAAAAAUAAAACUUACUUACGAAUGAUGGGCAUCACGCAUGUCCUGAAUGCGGCCGAAGGUUGUCGUUAUGGUCAGGUGGACACCGGACACAGUUACUACAGGGAUAUGCCCAGCAUUAGACGCAACCAUAAGGACUGUGUUUUUAGGUAUAUGGGCUUCCCCAUGAUCGAUGCCCCCACGACAGACAUCUCGCGGUACUUCUACGUGGCUUCCAAGUUCAUCGACAGUGCCAUUAGCAGCGGCGGCAAAAUCCUGGUGCACUGCCUGGUGGGCAUGUCACGGUCGGCCACCUGUGUCCUGGCCUACCUGAUGAUCUGCCGGAAGAUGUCCGCCGUGGACGCGAUACGCACGGUGCGAAUGAGGCGCGAUAUCCGGCCCAAUGAUGGAUUCCUGCAGCAACUGGCCGACUUGGACAUGGAGCUCAAGCGCAAGAACCUGUAUCCCUACUAGAAGGGGGGAUCUUCGGUGUCGCAGGGAGCAACAAAACAACCAAAGAAGGCGGAAUGGGAUCUCUGGAUGCCAGCAACUAACCAAAAAUAUGCAAAUUAUUAUAAAAUGAAAAAAGAGGAAAAUUAAAAUUGAAAUUGAAA